UCUUUAUUUAUACUAUAUUCAUAUAAAAUUUAUAUGUAACUGCAUAUAUUUUCAUCAAUUAACAAAUGUCGAUAUUACUUAAUAUCUGUAAUUAAAACCAGAGGGCAAUAUUGUAAUUCUUCUAAAUUCUGUUUUGUCACAAAGUUACAGCAUAAACAAACAUGACAAUGGAUGCACGUAGAAGAGACAGAGAACAAAUUGGAUUAUGUGGUGUUGACAGAAUUUGGGGAAAAUCGCCAACACGAAUCGAAGAUUCUGAUGAAGAUGAAGAAAUUAAUCGAUAUAAAGACAAUAUUAUGCCAAGAAUCAGAAAAAGAAAACAAGAAAUGAAGAAGAAGAAAAGUAAAAAAUUAAAAAAAGAAAAAAAAGCUAAGAGAAAAAAGAAAAAAUAUAAAAAGAAAAAGAAAAAAUCAGAUAGUAGUUCAGAUAGCGAAUUAGAAGAAUUGGAAUGGGUAGAAAAAAAUGGAAUUAAUGAUAAAGCAAAGAUUAAGAAAGGAUCAAGUUCAGACGAAAGUGGUGAUGAAGGCAUAGUAGGCCCAGUUCAGAAACCACAUGUAACAUUAUCUGCUAAAGAUUUUGGCAAAGCUCUUUUGCCUGGUGAAGGUGCUGCUAUGGCUGCAUAUGUUGCAGAAGGAAAACGUAUACCUAGAAGAGGUGAAAUUGGUUUAACUUCUGAAGAGAUUGCUGCAUAUGAAGCUGUUGGUUAUGUUAUGAGUGGUAGCAGACAUCGACGAAUGGAAGCUGUUCGUAUCCGAAAAGAAAACCAGAUUUAUUCUGCUGAUGAGAAACGAGCAUUGGCUAUGUUUAGUAAAGAAGAACGACAAAAAAGAGAAAAUCUUAUUUUGGGACAAUUUAGAGAGAUGGUUAAUCAAAAAUUGGCACAAGAACAGAAAAAGAAAAUAACAUGAUUGUUUUAUAUAAAAAUAAUAUCUUUGAUAAUGUAUAUAAAAUUCUUGAAUGUAUUAUAAAAUAUUAUUUGUAUGUAGAUAUAUAUAUAUACACACACACACAUACAUACAUUAAAAUAUAUUAUCUACUUAUUAUUAGUUAAUUAUACAUCAUAUAAUACAGUAAUUGUUAUGAAAAACAAUUAAAUAAUUUUCAUUUUAUGAAUAA